UCCGGCACUUACUCCGAUGUGGGGUUGUGAUUUACUCUGCCAUUGGCUGAUAAAUUAGGAGUAAUGAUUCUUCCGGAAAUCCGUAUAACCGCGAGGUUUGAGGUUGAGGCAGUAUAAAUUAGAUAUCUUUUUUCUACUUUUUGGUUCCGCUCACUCUGAUAUCAGGUUACAGCUCUCUGAGAAAGAUCCAAAAUGUCAGCUUCACAGAUUGACAACAUAAAAUCACUGGUGCUACCUCAAGUAGACCACAUUCGCAACGUUAUUCUGGAACGAGUCAUUCCUGGCUUGAAAAAUCACAAGUAUUCAUGCUUGGCAACGGCCAUAGCACUUUAUGUUGCCGCCAAGGUGUACAAGUUAACGGCAUAUCCCAGAAACAUUCGGCAUAUAAAGCAUGUACCGUUCCAUUCCAUGUUGAUUUCUUUGAUCAAAGGUGAAAACAACUUUGUUCGAUCUGAACGGUACAUGAUUUCAACUUACAAGGAGACAAAUGGUUUCCUUGGCGAGUUCAAUCAACUUGGAUGGAAUGUCAUUAUUGCAAACCCUGAAGCCGUUCGCACGAUGCUGUAUAAGACAGAGUUGUGGCCGAAGGCGCACACAAACGGCCCAAGUCGCCAAACACUUCUUGGGAGAUUCUUUGGCCGAACGAACAUGGCCUUUGAGAAUGGUCAUGAAUGGCGUAGAAGGAGGAAAAUCGCCAACCCCGCAUUCCACAGAUCCAUGCCGGUUAAGACGUUCACGGCUUUGAGCAACAAGAUGCUUCAGCAGAUUGACAGAUCAGAGGGUCCAGUUCAUAUUCAGCUUUUGCUCCAACGAUUUACCUUGGACGCCAUCGGUUUGAUUGGAUUUGGAUUUGAGUUCAACGCCACUGAAAACCCUGACGGUGAAUGGGUUACCAGAUACAACGAUAUCAAUGAGCACAUGUUGGACUUCAAAUUUUUACUCGUACCUCAAUUCGACACUAGUCUUGUUAGCUUUUUCCCGAAACGACAAAAGACGCAUGAGAGUCUGACCAAGCUUAACGAGCUAUUUGAGGAGAUCAUUGAGAGCAAAAAAGCGUACCUGUCAAAGACUGCCUCGGAUAUUGAGGACAGUGAGAAGGAUUUGCUAACGCUCAUGCUUGAAGCUGGCCAAGGAGAUGAUCCCAAAGAAGCUCUUAGUGCAGAAGAACUUCGCAACGAGUUGGUUCUCUUCUUUGUUGCAGGCCAUGAUACCACUUCCAAUGCCUUGACUGCCGCAUUGUAUUACCUAGCUUGUAAUCCGGAUAUUCAAGACAGGGCCAGAAAGGAAGUCCUUGAAGUUUUGGGCGACAAAGAAACAGGUAUCUCACCGACUUUGGAGCAAUUGAAAGAACUCACUUAUUUGACCAGAGUGAUGAAGGAGACUGCUAGAAUCGCCCCUCCUGCUACACAGGUCUUCCCCAGAGUCGCCGCUGUAGAUACUGAAUUAUGUGGAGUACAUAUGCCAAAAGGCACCGUUGUCAAUAUCGAUAUCACUGGAAUGCACUUCAACCCACAUCUAUGGAGAGACCCUCUAAAGUUCGAUCCAGAGAGAUUUGCUCCAGGUGGCGAGCUUGAGACCAUGCCUUCUACCUAUGCAUACCUUCCCUUCAGCAGUGGAUCCCGACAGUGUAUUGGCAUGAACUUUAGCUUGGCUGAACAGCGUGUCGCACUGAGUGCCAUUUUACAAAAGUAUGAGCUGACCCUUCCUGAAGAUUCUAUUCAUAAGGAUAGCCUCAAGUUUGGUAAACACGGUAUUGUUUUAGCCGCAGAAGAUCUGCAUAUCAACUUCAAAAGUCGCUAUUGAACGACAUUAUAAUGACUGCUAUGCAUUAUCAUAACUCCAUUUAUCUCAUGACAUAUUAACACUAAGGUAGCAAGUAAUAUCAAUAAACCAAAUGAAUGCUAUGACAAUUUACUCCAUGCCU